CAUUGGAUGAAUUGGAUAAAGCACUUGAAGAUCUGAAUCGAGCAUUACAAAUCGAUCCAAAUCAUAUACAUUCAUUACAUAAACGUGCUGAAAUUUAUAGAAUGACGAAGAAGUAUGAAGAUGCGCUUGUUGAUUUAAAUAAAAUAAUAGACAUUUAUCCAGAUCCAUGCUAUAUAGGACUUCGUGGAAAUAUAUAUAGAUUUUUGGGUAGAUAUGAAGAAGCGCUUAAGGAUUUAAAUGAUGUACUAAAACUUGAUCCCAAAAAUAGGUUUGCAUUGACAAUGCGAGGUAGACUCUACGGAGUGUUAGACAAAUAUGAAGAUGCACUUGAUGAUAUAAACGAAUUAUUAAAAGUAAUACCAGACGAUAUAUGGGGAUUAACUACUCGUGGAGAUGUUUACAGAAGGCAAUGGAAAAUGGAUGAUGCACUUAAAGAUUUAAACAAAGCACUAAAGAUCGAUCCAAAUCAUACAUUUGCUUUGAGAAUUCGAGGGAUGGUAUAUUACUCAUUAAAAAAUCAUAAAAAAGCAAUUAUAGAUUUAGAUAAAUCAUUAAGAACUGAAAAUGAUUAUGAAUUCAAAAUCAAAAUGUUGAAAAUUUAUCAUCAAAUGGGGUUAUAUUUAUAA